GACCCGCUGCCGGGACCUGUGAGGAGAGCCCGGCAAGCUGGGAAUCCGCCAUGGAUGCAGUGACCUAUGAGGAUGUGCAUGUAAACUUCACUCAUGAAGAAUGGGCUUUGCUGGAUCCUUCCCAGAAGAGUCUCUACAAAGAUGUGAUGCUGGAAACCUACUGGAACCUCACUUCUAUAGGUUACAAAUGGGAAGGCCAUAAUAUUGAAGAACACUGUCAGUGCUGUAGAAGAAUUGGAAGGUGUGUCAUCUGUCACUCUGGAUACAAUCCAUGUGAGCAUAAGGGAUAUGGAAAGAAGCAUUACUCUCUGAAUGUGCAGAUUUGGAGAAAGAGACAGGAAUGGGGUUUCUCAGACCAUGCAGGGAUUAGUCGGAAGUCCAAACUGAACAAGACCUUUGCAAAUGUUGCUUGUGAAAACUCUGAAGACUAUUACUUUUAA